CGAUAUAGUACUAUCGUCAUACCUUGCAUAUUGACCAGCAUCUCACUUGUGUUUGAACGGAAUGUUGGAACCGAGUGUAUCACGGAACUCGUCGCAAGAAGCAUCUACAUACUCACAUUCAGACAUUCACAAUGGCGCCAACAGAAACAGAGCCGCCAGCAACCCCAACUUUCCUAAAGUUGUCCUAUCCAACACCACGCGUACUUCUAAUACGCAUGGACCGACCCAAAGACUUAAACGCCAUGUCCACAACCGCGCAAUGGGAAAUGGACUCAAUAUGGAAAUGGUUCGACCAAGAACCCAAUCUCAGCGUCGCCAUUAUCACCGGGACAGGACGCGCCUUUUCCGCCGGCGCCGACCUAAAAGAAUGGAACAACUCCAUGUCCUCAAACUCCGACCCUAAGAACCGAAUGGGCAACGCACCGGCCUUUAAACCGCUAAGCCGGCGCUUAGGAAAAAAACCCGUAAUCGCAGCUGUGAACGGACUAGCUAUGGGCGGCGGGUGCGAGUUCGUAGUAAACUGCGACCUCGUCGUCGCCGCAGAAGACGCUACCUUCGGACUCCCCGAAGUAAAACGCGGGAUCGCGGCCAUUGGCGGUGCGUUGCCUCGCUUGAUCCGAAGUAUCGGGUUACAAAGAGCGUCUGAAUUCUCACUUACCGGGCGCAACGCCACAGCGCAGGAGAUGUACCAAUGGGGUAUUGUAAAUAAAGUAGUGCCGAAAGAGCACGUGGUGGAGGAAGCCGUAAGGUAUGCAGAGAUGAUCGCGAAGAAUAGUCCCGAUGCGAUUAUAUGCACGCGUGCUGGUCUGCGACAGGGGUGGGAGACGGCGAGCGUGGAGAGAGCUGUGGAGUGGACGCUGGAAAAGGAAUUUGCGGAGUUGCAGAGGGGUGAGAAUAUACUGGAGGGCUUGAAAGCGUUUGCUGAAAAGAGAGAGCCUCGGUGGAAGGGGAGUAGGCUUUGAAGUUUACGUGUAUUUCGAGUCAGGAAGUUGUUUGAAUAAUUUAAUUACGAGUCAGAAAAGACGACGACAAACGUAGAUCUGGAACCGAAUAUGCAUGAACAUGCAGUGGUAUUCUGGAAG